AUGCUGCGCUACACAACACUGGCCAUUACCGCCGCCCUCGCCACAACAUGCACCACCUACGCUGCCGCCACGGCGCCUGAAGGUGACACCACUGGCACCGGCAUCUUCUUUUACAUCCCCAACCAAGGCGUUCCCGGGUCAGCAACGCUGCUCACCGCGCGGCAGCAAGGCGGCAGCACCGGCGGCCCUGACAUCUGCACCGGCGGCCAGGUCGCCUGCGACUCCUCGUGCAUCGACGCUGGCUUCGAGUGCUGCCACGUCGGCCAAGGCCAAGCCUGCCAGGAGGGCUACAGCUGCUACAGCCAGGGCUGCUGCCGCCACGGCAAGACGUGCAGCGGCCCGCCGCGCGGCUGCACCUCCACCACCAAGGUGUGCGACGUCGGCUGCAUCCCGCGCGACCGCGUCUGCUGCGGCCUCGGCGACGGCUCCUCGUGCGACCCCGGCACCGUCUGCCUCGCCUCCGGCCUCUGCGGCACCCCGGCCAGCAGCGGCUCCGCUUCCUCCUCUGUAGGAGGGCAGGAUCAGACACCAACGUCGACGGCGUCGUCGUCCGGUGUAAGCAGCACCUCGCGGAGGACACUUCCCGCGUCGGCCAUUGGCGAGAGCGUCACGCUCUCUGCGGAGGCCAGCAGCAGCGCCAGGACGACGGCGGCGGCGGGGAGCCCGGGCGGCCCGUCCUCGGUCGGCGCUUCUGCCUCCGACAAGUCAAAACCAACGACUGAAAGCUCGGCCAGCUCUGAUAAGGGCGCGGCUGGUGCGACACUCGAGGCGCCGGCCGUCCUGGCAGGACUCCUUGCGUUGGCGGCGUACUUUAUCUGA